AUGCCACAAAUAAAUCUUGCAUUAAAACCCCAAGAGGUGACAAAAAUUCAAGUAGCUUGGAAGAUUAUCAAUCCAAAAAUGGGGUUUUAUACUUCCUUGUAUUCCAAUUUAAUAUUAGCAGAUAGCAAAAUCUUGAAAGUAUUUAAGAACUCAGGCAUGCCAAUUGGGGAACAUCCUCGAUUGUUUGGUGAAUUGUUUGGAUUUAUUGUUGAUAAUAUUGAUCAUGAGUUAUUGGUUAAAGAAUUUGUUGAACAUUUUAUCAAGGAGAAUAUUAAAUUUGCAAAAAUAUCUUGUGAAUAUUUAGAACCUUUAGGUGGUUCCUUUGUAAGAACUUUGAGGAAAUAUUUGGAAGGUGAAUGUACUAAAGAGUUGGAAAUGUUGUGGAUUAGAAUAUAUGUGUAUGUUGCUAAUUCUCUUUUGAGUUUGAGUGAUGAUGAUACCGAAGACAACAAUGAGAAGGAUGAUGCUUACAGCAAGUCACAAAUUAACGUACCUGAACGUCGUGCUUCCAAUGAAAAUAAUCAACCACCUUGUCCCACUACCCCAAAGCAGCCACAUCAUGCUAGGGAAGAAAAUGACUCCGCUUCAAUUGAUGAAAUCGAACCCUUACAAAUCAAACGGAAAUCUCCUUCACCAACACAACAAUCUGAACCCUCAACAACUCCUCCAUCACCAGGUUCUCCAGCUAAGUUGCUGUUUCAUCUAGAUAAGAAUCCUAAAUAUAAGGGAUUCAGAAGAUCGGUUGAAAUUGCAACUAAACCAAUCUCAAUUGAUAUCCCAACCUCACCCAAUUUUGUCAAUGUACAUACAAGAGAAGAAGAACCCCCAAAAUCAACUUCAACUAGCCCCAGAAGAACAUUUGAUCCAAGAAGAAGAAGAUCAGCUACUGUUCUGGAAUCAGAACAACAAAUUUCCGAAACCGACGCCUUUGUUUCCCCACCAUCAUUUGCAACUCCAGUUUCAAGUAGUGAGUCGCUUAACAAAGAUGCUGGUCCACCAUUUGUUGAAAGAAGUUCAUUGUUGCAAAAGCUUCAUAAUAAAUUACAAGCACAACAAGAACAAGAAGAUGACGGGGAUGAAUCUGAAGAAGAUGAAAUUGAAGCUAAGAAUGGCGUAUUUGCCCCAGAUAGAUCUACCUAUGUCACAGUACCACAAUCCCCAUCUCCAAUUGGUUUCCCCCAUGAUUUGAAACAAUUAGCACCAAUUUCAGAAAAUGCCGAUGAAUGCGAACAUGGUCCAAGAAAUUCAACAUGUAGUGGAAGUGGAUGCACCAGUGAUUCAAGUUCUUUAUCAUUAAAUAAUGAUCAUAAAUCAUUCAUGUCUGAAUCUCCAGAAGCAUCACCUCUUUUGGCAUUACAACAUAUUUCCGAAAAGGCGUUGAGUUUGGUUCAAGCUAGUCAACAAAUAUCUGCUGAAUUGAUGGAACCUUCUCCUGGAUAUAAGAAAAAUAAGGGAUAUACUUAUUCUCCACCACGCAAGAGAAUUUUUGAUGCACCGGUUGCUAAUAUGCCAAAAUCUUCUUCAAGGCCAAUGUCAUCAUCGUCGCUUGAUUAUGGGAAGAGGUGUGAACUGGAUGAACAUCUUCCUUCUCCUAAUCUUAAUAGUUAUGGAAAUUCUUUUGAAGAUGUAAAUAGGGUUAAUCAGCAUAGUGGGAAGAAGUCUGGUGAUUCAUUUAGUAUUUUUGGAUCUGAAGACGAUUUAGCCAUGCAAUAUAUGAAUUCCUUCUCAAGCGAUUCCAGUUCUGUUAAGGAAGAAAAUAAGAAGAAGCAAUCAGGGAAAGUUAAAAGUAAGCUUAGUGGUAUAUUUAGUCAUCAUCAGAAAUCCAAAGAUAAACCAACCAGAAAGGACAGUAUGUCAUCCAAGAAAUCAAAAUCCACAACUACUACAACAACCACACCAAGACUUUCACACAAGAAAUCCAUGGCUUCAUCAAUAAUAUCCAGACGUCACAAUGAUCCUUCCAAUUCCCCCGUCGGUUCCGAUCAAGCAUCCACCAUCAAUUCAUUCCAAACAGCAUAUGCUUCCUCUCUGUUAUCAAUCACCGAUUCCCCCAAGUCAACCACCAAUAGAGCAUCAACCCCCUUCACACAAUAUCAAAGCUAUAGAUUUCCAUCAUAUUCCCAAACCGACCUCACAUCAAUCUCGUCCGCUUCCACUGCACAUACCACAAAAGUAAACAACAACAAUCUCAAUCCAUAUAUGUCAAGAUCGGUUUAUUCUCAACUGAGAGCACCUAGUAGUUUUAUCGAAGGUGGUGAUUGUAAGACGAUUGUGAGUAAUGAGACCAAGGGGUCAAAUAGGUCGGGAUUAUCGUUUUGGAAGAGGAAAUCGAAUAAAGAGGUUGAAUUUGUGCCUCCGCCUACUAGACAUAGUAGAAAGGGGAAUAAAUAUGUGAUUAAGCGGACUCCGUUUAAUAUUUUUGCUUAG